AUUUGUAAGAUUCGAUCUGAACCACUUCAACAUCGACCUACCCUUUCACUUACUAUUUUCGGGGGUAUCAUUGAACUAUGUUCUAUGUUGAGCCUUAAUAAAAGGGGAAAACGAGAACUAAAAGCAGAAAUAAGAUAA